UUCCCUCUCUGCUGUCCACUCUCUCUAAAAAUCAAUGGAAAAAAAUAUGCUCACCAUCAUCUGAGCCUUCAGGAAGUUGUAAUCUUAUUGCUGGUGGAGGUUCUUAUCUCCAUAUUGAUGAAAACACAGUAUCUGCCAAAUGCAAUAAAUCGAGGCUCAAUAAACAAAGUAUGUCUGUUCUCUAACAGUCUGGAGAACUUUAGGACAGUAUUGCCAGUUAGACUUUGUUAUAGUUGGAAUUCUACAAGCCUCUGGGACUGUUUGUUUUUGGUGAUGAGAAUAGAAGAAAAAGCUUCCAGUUCUUCACUUUGUUUUUAUUCAUCGAAACCUCAUGCAGAUGAGGUUUCAUGGGGUGCUGUAAAUAGGUAAUAAGUAGAGAGAUGAAAGGAUUUUUUCACAAGGAACUGAUGGUUUUAAAAUAAUAACAUUUGUUUUAUUUGUGUAGCAGUUCUGUCAUUUCCUAGCAUCUGAACCCUGCCAUUAGCCAAAAAUAUGAUGUAAUGGGAUUAGAGUAAAAAUGUGUUGCUAAUUUUUACUUGUUUAUGAUGGUGUUAAUCAUAUAAGGAGUUAGGUGUUGAUAGAAAAUAAAUUUUUGAUGUUUAACUCAUAGCAUAAACGUUUGGAGAUAAUAGAAUCAUAUGUAUGUAACCUUCCAAUAAAUGAAGCCUGGGGGUCCAGUGCUGAUAGUCUCACACAUCCUACUCUACACGUAUUGGGAUGUUUUAGGACUCAGUGGCCUUUGAGGAUGUGGCUGUGAACUUCAGUUUGGAGGAGUGGGUUUUACUGGAUCCUUCACAGAAGAAACUCUACAGAGAUGUGAUGAGGGAAACCUUCUGGAACCUGGUUUCCAUAGGUAAAAAAUGCAAAGAUGUUGAUAUGGAAGAUCAGUACAAAAACCAGGGAAGAAAACAAAGAAUUCAAAUGGUAGAGAAACUCUGUAAAGGAGAAAAAAGUAGUCAACAUGGAGAAAACUUCAGCUUUAUUACAAAUCUUAAUGUGAAGAAGAAGACUUUUCCUGCAGUAAAACCAUGGGAAUACAGUGUGUGUGGGAAAUUCUUCAUGGAUCAUUCAUCUAGUAAUAGGCACACCAGCUGCCACACUGGACACAAGCCAUCUGAGUAUCAUAAAUAUGGAGAGAAACCAUAUAAAUGUAACAUAUGUGGAAGAGCUUUCACUUAUCUUCAAUGUUUUGAAAAACAUGAACAAAAUCACAAUGUUGAGAAACCCUAUAAAUGUGAGGAAUGUGGGAAAACGUUCAUGUGGCUCAAAACCCUUCAAAAACACAUGAUCACACAUACUGUAGAUGCUCCUUAUAAAUGUAAGGUGUGUGCAAAAACUUUUAGUUCUUCAGCUUCACUGCAAAUAUGUGAAAGAACCCACACAGGAGAGAAGCCCUAUCAAUGUAAACACUGUGGAAAAGCCUUCAGAUGUUAUAAAAGUUUUCAGAGACAUGAAAGAAAUCACACUGAAGAGAAACCUUAUCAAUGUAAAAAAUGUGGUAAAGCAUUCAUGUAUCCCAGUUACCUUCGAAUACAUGAAACAACCCACACUGAUGAGAAACCUUAUGAAUGUAAGGAAUGUGGAAAGGCCUUCAGAUCUUACAGUGCAUUACAGCCACACAGAAGAACUCAUGUAGGAGAGAAACCCUAUGAAUGUAAGGAAUGUGGAAAAGCCUUCAGUAAUUAUAGGUCCUUACAAAUACAUGAAAGGUCUCACACUGGAGAGAAACCCUAUGAGUGUAAACAUUGUGGUAAAGCAUUCAGUGCUCCCAAUUAUCUUCGAAAACAUGAAAGAACUCAUAUUGCAGAAAAACCAUAUAAAUGUAAGGAAUGUGGAAAAGCCUUUAGGUUUUCUAAUUCCUUACAAACACAUGAAAGGACUCACACAGGAGAGAAACCCUAUGAAUGUAAAGAAUGUGGAAAAGCCUUCAGAUCUUCUGGUAACUUACAAACACAUGAAAGAACUCACACAGGAGAGAAACCCUACAGAUGUAAGGAAUGUGAAAAAUCCUUCAGAUAUUCCAGUUCUUUACAAAUGCACAAGAGGACUCACAAAGGAGAGGAACCCUAUGUAUGUAAAAAAUGUAGUAAAGCAUUCAGAUAUCCCAGUAAUCUUCGAAUACAUGAAAGAAUUCACAGUGGAGAGAGACCCUAUGAAUGUAAGCAAUGUGGAAAGUCCUUCAUAUCUUGCAGUUCCUUACAAACUCAUGAAAGGACUCAUACUGGAGAGAAGCCCUUUGAAUGUAAACAUUGUGGUAAAGCCUUUAUUUCUCAAAAAUCCCUUCAAAGACACAUGAAAAUGCAUACUUAAAUAACACCUUAUCAAUGCAAGGAAUGUGGGAAAGGCUUUAGUUCUUCAACUUCUCUUCAAACGUGUGAGAGAACCCACGCUGGAGAGAAGGCCUAUCAAUGUAAAAAAUGUAGUAAAACAUUCAGACAUCCCAGUCAACUUCAAGUUCAUGAACGAACUCACAGUGCAGAGAAACCAUAUGAAUGUAGGGUAUGUGGGAAGACCUUCAAAUACUUCAAAUCCCUAGAACCACACAAGAUGACUCACACAGCAGAAAAACCCUAUGAAUGUAAGGAAUGUGGAAGAGCAUUCAGACAUUACAGUUCCUUAGAAAUACAUAAAAGGUUUCACACUGGAGAGAAAUCCUAUGAAUGUAAACAUUGUGGUAAAGCCUUUAGUUAUCACAGCUCCCUUAAAGGACACAUGAAAAUGCACACUGGAAAUACGCCUUAUCAAUGUAAGGAAUGUGGGAAAGUAUUCACUCUUGUUAGUUGUCUUCGAAGACAUGAAAGAACUCAUACUGAAGAGAAACCCUAUGAGUGCAGGAUAUGUGGGAAGACCUUCAAAUAUUUCAGAUCCUUAGAACCACACAAAAUGACUCACACGGGAGAAAAACCCUAUGAAUGUAAGGAAUGUGGAAGAGCAUUCAGAUACUAUAGCUCCUUAGAAAUACACAGAAAGUUUCACACUGGAGAGAAAUCCUAUGAAUGUAAACAUUGUGGUAAAGCCUAUAGUUAUCCCAGCUCCCUUAAAGGACACAUGAAAAUGCACACUGGAAAUACACCUUAUCAGUGUAAGGAAUGUGGGAAAGCAUUCACUUGCCUUAGUUUGUUACAGAGACAUGAAAGGACUCACACUGGAGAGAAACCCUAUGAAUGUAAACAAUGUGGUAAAACCUAUAAAGAUCAUAGUAACUUACAAACACAUGAAAGAAAUCAUACUGGAGAGAAACCCUUUAAAUGUAAGGAAUGUAGAAAAGCCUUCAAUUGUAACAAAAACCUUCAGUUACAUGUGAAAAGGCACAAUGGAAACAAACCAUAUAAAUGUGAAGAAUGUGGGAAAGCCUUUGUUGAUGGCUCAUCCUUACGAAGGCAUAAGAGGAUUCAUGUAAAACCUAGUGAAUGUAAAUAGUGUGGGAAAGACUUAAGUUAUUCCUCAUCUUUCUGGAGACAUCAGAGGACUCACUGGAGAAAACCUCAUGGAUGCAAAGAAUGGGGAAGAUUUCAGUUGGCCCAUAUCUUUAUAUGUGAAAACUCCCACCAAAAGGAACAAAAAUGUAAAUAACCUGAUAAGGCUUGAUGGAAAUUAAUUUAUGUAUACUGUUCCAGAAAACUUUCAAGGUUAAGGAGUUUUUUUAAAAAUUGUAAAUAAUUUUGUUUACCAAGUUUCUUUCUUAAAGUGUAUUAUUGGGAUGUGGAUGUCUAUUUCUGUUGACCCUUGAACAACUCAGGGAUUAAGGGUGCCAACCACCCACCUAGUCGAAGAUCUUUUUUUUAAUCCUCACUGAGGAUAUUUUUUCCAUUGCUUUUCAGAGAGAGUGGAAGGGAGGGAGA